AUGUCUUCAGACGAGAAAGUCAGGUCCUCGGUUGACGCUGCCCGCGACCCAGCCCAGACAGUGCUACCCACUGUGAACCCAGAGGCGCUCAAGUCUGCGCCCAAGCCCGCCGCCUUCCAUCCCGCCGUAUACAUUGCCACAUGGAUUACUCUCAGUUCGAGCACAAUCGUCUUUAACAAGUACAUCUUGGAUACGGCCAACUUUCACUUUCCCAUUUUCCUCACAACAUGGCAUCUCAUCUUCGCGACCAUCAUGACCCAAAUCCUCGCCCGCUUCACCACCAUCCUCGACUCGCGAAAGAAGGUGCCUAUGACCGGACGCGUAUACCUUCGAGCCAUUGUCCCCAUUGGUCUCUUCUUCAGCUUGAGCUUGAUUUGCGGUAACCAGGCAUACCUCUACUUGAGUGUGGCUUUCAUCCAGAUGAUCAAGGCUACUACACCAGUUGCUGUUCUCAUUGCGACCUGGUCUCUCGGAGUCGCCCCUGUGAAUCUCAAGACCCUUGGCAACGUCUCGUUCAUUGUUAUCGGUGUCGUCAUUGCCUCGUUGGGCGAGAUCAAAUUCGUCAUGACUGGUUUCCUCUUCCAGGUCGCUGGCAUCGUUUUCGAGGCUGUCCGUCUAGUCAUGGUCGAGAGCCUACUGAGCGGUGCUGACUUCAAGAUGGACCCUCUUGUCUCGCUUUACUACUACGCUCCAGCCUGCGCCGUCAUCAACGGCAUGGUCUUGAUGGUCACUGAGCUCCCCAGAUUAACCAUGGUUGACAUUGACCGCGUUGGGCUUUCUACUCUGUUUGCCAACGCAAGCGUGGCUUUCUUGCUCAACGUCUCGGUCGUCUUCCUUAUUGGUAGGACCUCGUCGCUCGUUCUUACCCUCUCCGGCGUACUCAAGGAUAUUCUCCUGGUAUUUGCUUCCAUGUUCCUGUUCAAGGACCCCGUUUCGCUGCUCCAAGCCUUCGGCUACAGCAUUGCCCUCGGUGGCCUCAUCUUCUACAAGCUCGGCGGCGAAAAGCUGAAGGAGUAUCUCGGCCAGGGCAGCAUGAAAUGGCAAGAAUUCGGCCACUCACGUCCUGUUCUCCGCAAGUUGAUGAUCUUCGCCGCCGUCAUCAUCUCCAUGUUCUUGGUCCUCGGCUCUCUUGGACCCCGCUACGCCCCUGAUUCGACUGAUAAGGUCUACAGCGGCAUUGGCAAGCUUAUCGGCGAGAAGGGUGUAUAA